GGAGCCCGGGGCGGGCGAGGGCGGGGGUGUCCCGGCUAUAAAGCGUGGCCGCCUCCCGCGGCGCUCGGGACAGCCGUACCCCGGGCGGUCGGACGGGCGGGCGCCGGUGGGAGCUCGGGCCGUGCCCGCGGAGAGAUCCAGAGCGCUCCGUUCCCCCGGGGCCGGAGCGGGGGCGGGUGGGGGCACAAGCCCGGGGGAUGCUGGGCUCGGUGAAGAUGGAGGCCCAUGACCUGGCCGAGUGGAGCUACUACCCGGAGGCGGGCGAGGUCUACUCUCCGGUGACCCCAGUUCCCACCAUGGCCCCCCUCAACUCCUACAUGACCCUGAACCCUCUAAGCUCUCCCUAUCCCCCUGGGGGGCUCCCUGCCUCCCCACUGCCCUCAGGACCCCUGGCACCCUCAGCACCUGCAGCACCCCUGGGGCCCACCUUCCCAGGCCUGGGUGCCAGUGGUGGCAGCAGCAGCUCAGGGUAUGGGGCCCCGGGUCCUGGGCUGGUGCACGGGAAGGAGAUGCCGAAGGGGUAUCGGCGGCCCCUGGCACACGCCAAGCCACCGUAUUCCUACAUCUCGCUCAUCACCAUGGCCAUCCAGCAGGCACCGGGCAAGAUGCUGACCUUGAGUGAAAUCUACCAGUGGAUCAUGGACCUCUUCCCUUACUACCGGGAGAAUCAGCAGCGCUGGCAGAACUCCAUUCGCCACUCGCUGUCUUUCAACGACUGCUUCGUCAAGGUGGCGCGCUCCCCAGACAAGCCUGGCAAGGGCUCCUACUGGGCCCUGCACCCCAGCUCAGGGAACAUGUUUGAGAACGGCUGCUACCUGCGCCGCCAGAAGCGCUUCAAGCUGGAGGAGAAGGUGAAGAAAGGGGGCAGUGGAGCUGCUACCACCACUAGGAACGGGACAGGGUCUGCUGCCUCGACCACCACCCCCGUGGCCACAGUCACCUCCCCGCCCCAGCCCCCGCCUCCGGCCCCCGAGCCUGAGGCCCAGGGUGGGGAAGAUGUGGGGCCUCUGGACUGUGGCUCACCCCCUUCCUCCACACCCUAUUUCACUGGCCUGGAGCUCCCAGGGGAGCUGAAGCUAGACGCGCCCUACAACUUCAACCACCCUUUCUCCAUCAACAACCUGAUGUCAGAACAGACACCAGCGCCUCCCAAACUGGACGUGGGGUUUGGGGGCUACGGGGCUGAGGGUGGGGAGGCUGGAGUCUACUACCAGGGCCUUUAUUCUCGCUCUCUGCUUAAUGCAUCCUAGCAGGGGCUGGGAACAUGGUGGUGGGUAUGGCUGGAGCUCACACCACAAAGCUCUUGGGGCCUGAUCACUUCUGGUGACACUUCGCUUGUCCCGUUGGUUGACAUCUGGGUGGGUCUAUUAUUUACUGUGACAACUGCUGUCUCAGUGGGCAUGGUGUUGAUCCAUUGGGUACUGUGAUAACAACCAUGGAUACAUUUUGGUGGCCCACUGGAUACUGUGAGGACUGCUACAUUAAUGUUAUUGGCUGAUCCACUGCAUGGUUUGAUAGCCACCAUCUGGGUUGGCCCUUUGGGUGUGAUGGUGAUAGCAUUUCCGUGACAUCGGUGAUAGCAUUUCCGUGACAUCUUUUUUGGCCCCCCAUUAGGUGCUGUGCUCACUUCUUUUUUGGUGUACUUCUUGGCACAGUAGGUGCCAAGUUGACCACCAUUCUGUGUAACACCUUUUGUGGCCCAUUGCGUGCUUUGAUGGACAUCAUACUGGGUAGGUGACAAUGUCAGUGGGCCACCAUGUGCCAUGAUGGCUGCUGCAGCCCCGUGUUGGCCAUGUCGUCACCAUUCUCUUUGGCAUGGGUUGGGUAGGGGAUGGAGGUGAGAAUACUCCUUGGUUCUCUCUGAAGCCCACACUUUUUCCCAGCUCUGGUCCAGGAGAAACCGGAAAAGGCUGGUUAGGGUAUGGGGAAUUUCUACUGAAGUCUGAUUCUUGCCCGGGAAGCGGGGUACUGGCUGUGUUUAAUCAUUAAAGGCACCAUGUCCGCCUCUUA